AUGGGUGUCACUGCUAUCACCACUGCCGAGGAAUACAAGACCAAGGUCACUGAUGCCACCGGCCUCGUUGUCGUCGACUUCCACGCCACCUGGUGCGGUCCCUGCAAGGCCAUCGCUCCUACCCUCGAGAAGCUCAGCGAUGCCCACACCAACGUCAAGUUCUACAAGGUCGACGUCGAUGACCUCGCCGAGGUUGCUGCUGCCAACGCUGUCUCUGCCAUGCCUACCUUCCGCUUCUACAAGAAUGGUGAACUCAAUCAGGAGGUCAAGGGUGCUAACCCCUCCGCCAUCCAGGCUGGCCUCAAGGCUAUCCUUGCAUAG